CUCAGAGCGCCGCGGCCCAAAAUGGCAGCAGGAGACGGUGAAGAAGUGGUGGUGGAGCCGGCGGCAGCGAUGGAGCCAGAGGUGGCAGUGGAAGAGCCGCGGAGCUUCAAGGACCUGGGGGUGACAGAUGUCCUGUGUGAAGCUUGUGACCAAUUAGGAUGGAAGAUGCCAACAAAGAUCCAGAUUGAGGCUAUUCCAGUGGCACUUCAAGGCAGAGAUGUCAUUGGACUGGCAGAAACUGGCUCUGGAAAAACAGGAGCUUUUGCUUUGCCAAUUCUUCAGGCGCUGCUGGAAACACCUCAGCGAUUAUUUGCUCUUGUCCUUACACCAACAAGGGAGCUGGCCUUUCAAAUCUCUGAGCAGUUUGAAGCUCUUGGAUCAUCCAUUGGUGUCCACAGUGCGGUUAUUGUAGGUGGAAUUGACACCAUGUCUCAAUCUCUGGCUUUAGCCAAGAAACCACAUGUUAUAAUUGCAACCCCUGGCCGUCUGGUUGAUCAUCUGGAGAACACAAAGGGCUUCAACUUACGAGCUCUGAAGUUCCUAGUGAUGGAUGAGGCUGACCGGAUCCUUAACAUGGAUUUUGAGACAGAGGUGGAUAAGAUAUUAAAAGUGAUUCCUCGAGACAGGAAGACGCUACUGUUUUCUGCUACCAUGACGAAGAAGGUUCAAAAACUCCAGCGUGCUGCUCUUAAGAAUCCUGUUAAAUGUGCUGUUUCUUCCAAAUACCAGACAGUUGAAAAACUACAGCAGUACUACAUUUUCAUCCCUUCCAAAUUCAAGGACAGCUACCUGGUUUAUAUCUUGAAUGAACUAGCUGGAAACUCUUUCAUGAUAUUCUGUAGUACAUGUAACAAUACUCAGAGGACUGCUCUACUGCUCCGCAACCUAGGGUUCACUGCUAUUCCUCUCCAUGGGCAGAUGAGUCAGAAUAAACGCUUGGGCUCUCUAAACAAAUUCAAGGCAAAGGCACGUUCUAUUCUACUGGCUACUGAUGUUGCAAGCAGGGGUCUGGACAUCCCACAUGUAGAUGUGGUGAUAAACUUUGAUAUUCCCACGCACUCUAAGGAUUACAUUCAUCGUGUUGGGAGAACAGCUCGAGCUGGGAGAUCUGGCAAAUCUAUCACCUUUGUUACACAGUAUGAUGUAGAGCUGUUCCAACGCAUUGAGCACCUGAUUGGCAAGAAGCUGCCAGCAUUCCCUAUGCAAGAAGAAGAAGUUAUGAUGCUGACAGAGCGUGUGGCUGAGGCUCAGAGAAUUGCUCGAAUGGAGCUGAGGGAGCAGGGAGAGAAGAAGCGAUCUCGGAAUGAUGAUGAUGACACAGAAGAAGCUAUUGGUGUCAGGAAUAAGGUGGCAGGUGGGAAAAAGAAGAAAAGGAAAGCAUUCUAGUUCAGUAUUUGGACAGCCUUCUUGUAUUUUUCCCUUUAUGGCUGCAUGAGCUUGGCAAAAGCAGUCUUGCAAACCCUCUCCAGGAGAUCUGUUUUCAGAACUACUUAUAAAACAAGGCAGUCCACCUGGAAAACAACUUCUCUUCUGCUUCAGCAGUUACAGGCUAAGCUUGGCCCAUCGUGGUACCAUGGAACCAGUCUUCCUUUCAGAAAUACCAGACAACUGCUUCUGAACCUGAAAGCAGGAUCAGCUGUAGUCUGGCCCUGCUUGUCCACAAAAAGGUGCAGUGUGCUGCAGCCUCACUUCCUACCCAAACUUAUCCAGUGUACCUGGGCUCAGGAGAGGAAGAGGUUAAAUGAAGCAGCUGAGUUCCCACAGCACAGCUGUGAUGAUUUUGCCUUAGUGAGAGGACAUGUGACUUGUAGAACUCCCAAAUAUAUUUUGCUGAAUUUUAAACCUA